CUCCGGGUAAAGUUUCAGCCUCCGCACGUGACUCGCCAUGGCCGCUGCCGUCGCCCCGCGCCCCUGAUCCGCGGCCCCCUGGACGGCUCCUCUCCGAGGACCUCACACCCCUGACUCCGGGCAGUGUCGAGGCGCCGGCUUGGGGCAGACGCCGUGCUCAAACAGACACCCAGACGGGCUGCAUGCCCUCGCUUCGAGCACCGCAGGCCAUGCCACCCCCCAGCUGCCUAGCCGGGGCCCUUCUGAGAGGGCCAUCCCCAGCCACCAUCGAGACCCAGAGCAGCAGUUCGGAAGAGAUAGUGCCCAGCCCCCCCUCCCCACCGCCUCUGCCCCGCAUCUAUAAGCCUUGCUUUGUCUGUCAGGACAAGUCAUCGGGCUACCACUAUGGGGUCAGCGCCUGUGAGGGCUGCAAGGGCUUCUUCCGACGCAGUAUCCAAAAGAACAUGGUGUAUACGUGUCACCGGGACAAGAACUGCAUCAUCAACAAGGUGACCCGGAACCGCUGCCAGUAUUGCCGGCUGCAGAAAUGCUUCGAAGUGGGCAUGUCCAAGGAGUCGGUGCGAAACGAUCGAAACAAAAAGAAGAAAGAAGCAGCCAAGCCUGAAUGCUCAGAGAGCUACACGCUGACGCCGGAGGUCGGGGAGCUUAUUGAGAAGGUGCGCAAGGCGCACCAGGAGACCUUCCCUGCCCUCUGCCAGCUGGGCAAGUACACUACGAACAACAGCUCAGAACAACGUGUCUCUCUGGACAUUGACCUCUGGGACAAGUUCAGUGAACUCUCCACCAAGUGCAUCAUUAAGACCGUGGAGUUCGCCAAACAGCUUCCCGGCUUCACCACCCUCACUAUUGCUGACCAGAUCACCCUCCUCAAGGCUGCCUGCCUGGAUAUCCUGAUUCUGCGAAUCUGCACGCGUUACACGCCUGAGCAAGACACCAUGACCUUCUCAGACGGGCUGACCCUCAACCGGACGCAGAUGCACAACGCUGGCUUUGGCCCCCUCACCGACUUAGUCUUUGCCUUCGCCAACCAGCUGCUGCCCCUGGAGAUGGACGAUGCGGAGACUGGAUUGCUCAGUGCCAUCUGCCUCAUCUGUGGAGACCGCCAGGACCUGGAGCAGCCAGACAAGGUGGACAUGCUGCAGGAGCCGCUGCUGGAGGCGCUGAAGGUCUACGUCAGGAAACGGAGGCCCAGCCGUCCCCACAUGUUCCCCAAGAUGCUGAUGAAGAUCACGGAUCUUCGGAGCAUCAGCGCCAAGGGAGCCGAGCGAGUGAUCACAUUGAAGAUGGAGAUCCCUGGCUCCAUGCCGCCACUUAUCCAGGAAAUGCUGGAGAACUCUGAGGGCUUGGACACUCUAAGCGGACAGUCGGGGGGUGGAACAAGAGAUGGGGGUGGCCUGGCGCCCCCUCCGGGGAGCUGUAGCCCCAGCCUCAGCCCCAGUUCCCACAGAAGCAGCCCCGCCACCCAGUCCCCGUGACCUCCACAUGGACAGCCUUCACCCCGGCCCUGGCUUUCUCUGCCUUCCUACUGGCUACGUGACCCUCCGCCUUGCCCCGCCUCAUCUUCCCAGAUAGAACUGGGAACCCUCUGCGGGGACAGGAGGGAGGAGGCAGUGACUCUGUGGACAGAGGUCCGGACCCAAGAUGGACUGCCCUCUCCCGGCAGCCUGAGCUGGCAUCGGGCCAAGCACUGAGCCAUGUGAGGAUCUGGGCCUGAGCCCUAUGCACCUUGCCACGUCUUCAUCACCAGCAAAUGCCGGGACCUGGCUCCCUGUCCUCUGAACUCAAGCCAUCGCUCCCCAGUUGGGGAACCUCCCCCCUGCUUCAGAUGGUGACAGGGGGGGUGUCCAGGGUGGGGGAGACCCCCUGUACAUAUCCUGCAUACCAACCCCCAGAUAUUAAUUCUCGCUGGUUUUGUUUUUAUUUUAAUUUUUUUGUUUUGAAUUUUUUUAAUAAGAAUUUUCAUUUUAAGCACAUUUGUACUGAAGGAAUUUGUGCUGUGUAUUGGGGGAGCUGGAUCUAGAGCUGAAGGGGUGAGUCCUGGGGAUGGGCAGAGGGCUCUGAAGGGCUCCCCUCUCCCUUGUCCCAGUGGAUGCUCCCCGCCCCCCAGCCUGUCCUCCUCAGUUUUCUCUAAUACUGUGAAAUACUAACUUUCCAAGGCCACCGCCUCUCCUCCCUUGUGCAGGAAGCAGCUUCCCUUCUCUGUCCAGCCACUGGGCGUGGGCGCCUUGGGCAGCUACCCCUGGGAGGAGGGGAUCCUGGAUUUUGGCUCCUGCCUCUGCACACCAACAAGUAGGGAAGGGUAAAGCUAGGGCCCCUUGGAUGGAUGGGGUUGUUACCCAUCACUGCCCGUCAGAGCUCACUUCAUCAAGCCCCAGCCCCACUGUGAAGGGUUGGCUAAGGGGUCCAAGUUACCCCUGCCCCAGCCUCAUAGCCACCAGCACCCCAUGGGGCCCUCAGACACACCACACACACACACACACACACACACACACACACACACACACACACACGGCCUGAAUUCCUUCAUUUCCCUGACCUAUCCCCAACCCCUCUCCUGUGCCCCCUCCCUGCCCCGCAGGACGGGACUCCAGGGGGUCCCUUCCCUCCCCCUACACCCCUGGGCUGGGGGAGCAGGCUUUACCCUGCCCUCCUGCCUGGCUAGGGUCUCACCCCGGAGCCCACUGGUGUACCUGUUACUGCUGGGUUUCCACUGAGAUCUACUGGAGAAAGAAUAAAGUUCUAUUUAUUCU